CCUUUGUUUCGCUGCUAGUCCGUACGACCACUCUCAUUUUCACUCUUUCUGUCUCUCUGUUUAUCUUCUUCUCUUCAUCGUUCUUCUCUCGUAUCCGCCAUUGUUUCAUUCUUCUCCUCCAAAACCCUCCGGAUUCCUCUCUCGACACUCUCAGUUCAUAUUCAAUUCAAAGCGUUUUACCUCCUGACGAUGGAAUUUAUUCAUUUCCCACAUUUCGAAACCCUAAUUUUCUGAAUCUGUGUUCUCUGCUUGAAUUGUUUCUUGUUUCUUACUUGUCUUGUGUUUGUUGACCGUGAGAUGGAUGUGACUGCUAAUGGCGGCGACUCUGGAUUGGCCUCCAGAAGUGAUAGUUCUCAUCCGACGGUGCCGGCUCCUAUCACUAAUGUGAACGCGCCUCCGCCGUUCCUGAGUAAGACAUAUGAUAUGGUGGAUGAUCCGGCUACCGAUGCAGUUGUGUCCUGGAGCUCUACGAAUAAUAGCUUUGUGGUUUGGAACCCGCCUGAAUUCGCUAGGGAUCUUUUGCCCAAAUAUUUCAAGCAUAACAACUUCUCCAGCUUCGUCAGGCAGCUCAAUACCUAUGGCUUCAGGAAAGUUGAUCCAGAUCGUUGGGAAUUUGCUAAUGAAGACUUCUUAAGAGGUCAGAAACACCUGCUUAAGAGUAUUACUCGGCGUAAACCUGUCCAUGGGCACAGUCAGCAGCAAUCACAGCAAUCUCAUGGACAAAGUACGUCUGUUGGAGCUUGUGUGGAAGUUGGUAAAUUUGGUUUGGAGGAAGAGGUUGAGAGGCUUAAAAGAGACAAAAAUGUACUCAUGCAGGAACUUGUGAGAUUGAGGCAGCAGCAACAGACUACUGACAACCAGCUGCAAACUAUGGUACAGCGUCUACAAGGGAUGGAGCAGCGACAGCAGCAGAUGAUGUCAUUUCUUGCAAAGGCUGUGCAAAGCCCUGGCUUUUUGGCUCAAUUUGUGCAGCAACAAAAUGAAAGUACUAGACGCAUAAGUGAAGCUAAUAAAAAGCGAAGACUCAAGCAAGAUGGUAUUGUUGAGUCUGAGCAUUCUACUGUUCCUGAUGGGCAAAUUGUGAAGUAUCAACCUCUCAUGAAUGAGGCAGCAAAAACAAUGCUGAGGCAGAUAAUGAAAAUAGAUACUUCGCAAUCAGAACCUGUGAACCUCAAUACCGACAGUUUCCUAAUUAAUGAUGGUUUGCAAUCGUCGUGUGCAGCAAUGGACAAUGGGAACUCUUCCAGUUCUAUAUCAGGUGUGACUCUUCAAGAGGUACCUCCGACCUCAGGGCCAUCAUCUUUCAAUUCAGCUGCUUCUGGUGUUGCUCCUCAUGGCCCCUCAACAGCCAUAUCGGAAAUUCAAUCGUUACCCCAAGCUACAACUUCAGACAAGGUUUCAACUUCUCCUUUUGCUGUUAAUGCUGUACGGGGUCCAGGGGCACGAGAAGCUUCUUCCCUGUCAGUUUCUGACACAGAUGUAAUCAUGCCUGAGCUUUCCCAAUUAUCUGAAAUGGUGUCUGAGAACAUUAUUGAUGUUCCUGAAGUAGAUUAUAGGGUACCCGAGGCAGGAAAUUCUUCAUUUAUAAGUCCAAGUUUGUUGGAUGUCGAUGGAACUAUUCCCUUAGAGAUUGAUAGCAUGUCCCCUGAUGCUGAUAUCGAUGCCUUACUAGCGAAUUCCAACUUCUGGGAUGAUUUGCUCGUGCAAAGUCCAUGUCAGGAGGAGGAGAUUGACUUUAUGGUAGGAGGAGGAUUACCAAAGACGAAUGAUAUGCAGCCAGUGGAAAACGUUUGGGACAAAUCUAAACAUGUGGAUAAACUUACAGAACAGAUGGGCCUUCUCACUUCAGAAAUUAAAAGGGUUUGAGCUUGAUCGUCAAAUGUAGAUGAUUUUCAAAUGACCAAUUGAGGUAAUCACUUCUACUAUAUUCGUAAUAAUGAGAUCGUACUCUUCAAUACCUCCAUUUUAACUGCUUGUUUCUGGACAUGGGCAAAUGUCCAUUCUUACAAUUUGUAGCCUUUCGUUAUUCUGAUGCAUAUUUUAGCGUUGGGUUCUGCUCAUUUUCACAGGUUGCCUUUUGGUGGUCGUGCAGGGAAGACGCUCGUUGGGUUAUCUCCCUUUCAUAUCUUUUGUCUGCUUAUCAAACAAUGUGGCUAGAACUAUGGGUAAGAUCUGUAAAUACUAUACACGAUGAUGUUAACAGUUAUAUCUUGCUCGUAGUCUGAAAAAUUUUAAGUUCGGCUUCUCGGAUAAAAAGAGAAGAAAUAGAAAGGUUAAGGGUGGUAUUACUUGCAGUGAUGGGUUGGUUUGGAGGCAAGUAUAUCAAUUUUGGUUGAUGCCAAUUGUGUUUCUAAUGUAUGAGAACUCCGUUAAUUCUAGUAUUGCACCAAUGGCUGACUGCUAGAGAAUGAUAUUAUUAGUGCAUUUGGCCUUGCAUGUAAUCUAGAUAGGCACAUGCAAACGGGUCUGUUCAUCCGCCGACUUGGAUUGUUAAUCAAGAGAAUCUCUCUAUAACAAUGGAAUAGAAAGAACAGUCCGGUUGAAUCGAUUUUGAAGUAUUGUUGUU